UCUAUUGAGAGGGUGGCCUGCGACAUAAUCCGCGUCCUAGGACUCAACCCAGGCCCAAUGACACUGCAGGGCACCAACACGUACAUUCUGGGCACAGGCGCACGGCGCAUUCUCGUCGACACCGGCGACGGCCAACACCCAGCCUACCACGGGCUUCUCGCCACUGCACUCGGACCCAACAGUCGCAUCUCACAGAUCCUUCUCACACACUGGCACCAUGAUCACACCGGGGGACUCGCCACGCUGCCCGAAUCCCUACUUACCCUGGACCACACCGUUCACAAGCGCCAACACCCGGAUAUUGCCGCAUUACGGGGAUCCAAGAAUAUUACAGACGGAGAACUGUUUGCCACGGAACACCGCCAAUGGCGAGCGGUAUUGACGCCUGGACAUACCCCGGAUCAUGUGGCUUUUUUCGACGCUGAAAGUGCCGCCCUGAUCACCGGUGACUUGGUGUUGGGCCAGGGAACCACUAUUGUCGGUGACCUUGCGCCCUAUAUGCGCUCGCUGCAGAGAGUCAUUGACCUUGAGCCCCGGAUACUCCUGCCGGGUCACGGCCCUGUGGUUACUGCCAAUGCCGUGAAGCAUAUCGAGGAGUAUGUGAGCCACCGGAGGAUGCGCGAAAAACAGAUAUUGGAGGUGCUCGCGGAUACUUCGAAUGGGGAUGGUAGUGGAUGGUGGACAGUUGAGGAGAUUACCGCGGUUGUUUACCCGCUUGUUAAGGACCCGAGGGUGUUUAGGGCCGCGUCCAAUAAUGUUAAACUUCAUUUGUAUAAGCUGAAGGAUGAUGGAUCCAUCACG